CCGGCGGGCGGAGACGCGCGCCUGGCACUGGACAUGGACGGCGCGCGCCUGUGGCUGGGGCUUCUGCUGCCCGUGGUGGCCGCCUUGGAUUUCCGAUACCACCACCAGGAAGGGAUGGAGGCUUUCCUAAAGAGCGUGGCUCAGAACUACAGUUCGAUCACGCACUUGCACAGCAUCGGGAAAUCGGUGAGAGGUAGAAACUUGUGGGUUCUUGUUGUGGGGCAGUCUCCAAAGGAGCACAGAGUCGGGAUUCCAGAGUUCAAAUACGUGGCUAAUAUGCACGGCGAUGAGACUGUGGGGCGAGAACUGCUGCUCCACUUGAUCGACUAUCUGGUAACCAGUUAUGGGAAGGACGCCGAAAUGACACGCCUGAUCGACAGCACCCGGAUCCACAUCAUGCCUUCCAUGAACCCAGAUGGAUUCGAAGCCGUCAAGAAGCCCGACUGUUACUACAGUAAUGGAAGGGAAAACUACAAUAAUUAUGACCUGAACAGAAACUUCCCUGAUGCCUUUGAAAAUAACAGUGUAACCAAGCAGCCCGAGACCCUGGCGGUCAUGACGUGGCUGCAAACCGAGACAUUUGUCCUCUCUGCGAAUCUCCAUGGGGGUGCCCUGGUGGCCAGUUACCCCUUUGAUAAUGGCGUGCAAGCCACGGGGACACUGUUGUCCCGAAGCCUGACUCCAGAUGACGAUGUUUUUCAACACCUGGCGUACACCUAUGCCUCACGGAAUCCCAACAUGACAAAAGGGGAUCAGUGUAAAAACAAGAGGAGCUUCCCCAACGGGAUCAUCAACGGGUACUCCUGGUAUCCACUGCAAGGGGGAAUGCAAGAUUACAACUACAUCUGGGCCCAGUGCUUUGAAAUCACCCUGGAGCUGUCCUGCUGUAAAUACCCUCGGGAGGAGAAGCUACCGUUCUUUUGGAAUGAUAACAAAGCCUCUUUGAUCGAGUACAUAAAACAGGUGCACCUAGGUGUAAAGGGUCAAGUGUUUGAUCAGAGUGGAAAUCCAUUGCCGAAUGUAAUUGUGGAAGCCCAAGACAGAAAACAUAUCUGCCCGUUCAGAACCAACAAGCUUGGAGAGUAUUACCUGCUUCUCUUGCCUGGGUCCUACGUGAUAAAUGUUACAGUCCCUGGACAUGACUCACACCUCACGAAGCUUACAAUUCCAUCGAAAUCCCAGCCCUUCAGUGCUCUUAAAAAGGAUUUUCACCUCCCGUUGCGAUGGCAGCCAGAUUCCGUCUCCGUAUCAAAUCCUUCGUGCCCAAUGAUUCCUCUGUACAAAUUAAAGCCAAGCCACUCUGCUGCAACAAAGCCUAGUUUGUUUGUAUUUUUCGUGACUCUUUUGCACAUAUUUUUCAAAUAAAGCAAAAUGUGAAACUCAACCCCCGUGACCCCGUGGAAUCGGGGAUCGGUUACCCCAGGUUAUGGCAACUCUCCCUCUUGUGCGACUACAGUAGGAUGGACUCCACUGUUCUCCUUAAGAAGAAAGCCGGAUGUCUCCAAACCUGGCCUAGAGCAACCUGUAACUACAAAAUCAUUCUUCAGUCUGGAUAAAAUGGAGUCACUGCCUAGCAAAUGCUGCCCAUGGAAACUCCAUCCCAAAGGAGUCCCAAACACUGUAAGAAAGUUCAGAAGCCGAACAGACACAUCCCUAUAAGAAAAACAAUUUGUGUACGGAGAGCCACGUGGAUCAAAACCAGACACUUUCUGAUUGCCUGCUGCGGACGACCCUUCCUGAGGGUUAUCUGUAGAGAGCUGAUACUGCACAUAAGUGGUUCUCCCCAAAGGAAGGAAUUUCUAGAUAGCAGAACUAAGAACAUUUACUCUUGCCAACGUUCUAAGGACGAAUGACAGAAAGUGGGCAAACGUGUCUGAUGUGGCUGCAGAGCCCAACAGAUGACGUGGCCUCUGUCUCCUGUGCCAUUGUCCUUGCCUCCCUGCAUCUGAUGCCACGGUCCUAUGAAGAUGGCCCCUCCUGUGUAACCCUAGUCUCUUGCCUGAGCCUCAGAGGCAGCUGCUCGCCAGACACGCCCACCUCAAUACAACACAUAGGAACAUGGACUCACCCUGUUGACAGUUGAGAGGCUGUUCGCUUCCCAUAUUCAGUCACUGAAAGCUGCUCUACUGAUCCUUGCCAACCUCUCCAGGCCAGUUAGCACCCCCUCACUGCUGACCCAGCUGCUACUCACGGGUACCUUUGCCAAGUCCAUCAUCCACCAGCAUCUGGGGAGUUGGACUGCCCAAAGCCCUCCCGCUCCCUAAACACAACACAGUGCUCGAAAUUCCAGGUCUGGAUGCCAUUCUGAUUGUGCCACUUCCUGCUCAAUAAAACUCCAUUCCAUGAGGGUUAAGAGCACUGACUGCUCUUCCAGAGGUCCUGAGUUCAAAUCCCAGUCACCACAUAGAAGCUCACAACCAUCUGUAAUGGGAUCCGAGGCCCUCUCCUGCUGUGUGUGAAGACAGCAACAAUGUAUUCAUACUUAGAAUAAAUUGUUAAAGAGAAGAUUCCAGUACCGACUUCAACCGGAAGCCCAUGGAGUUCCAGGCGGUCGAGUUCAAAGAAGCUGGUCCUAACCAGUGAGUUUACAGCACUGCGGUGUGGAACUACUCCAUGCUGACCUUCUCUAGUACGCCAUGAGCUCUUUCACACCAACCAGGAUCUACUUGAGAAACUACAAACCUUCCAGAACUCCAUAUAAGUUUUAUGUUUGGCAACAUUCGGCUACACACACACACACACACACACACACACACACACACACACACACACACUUUUCAUGUUGCAUCAAAAAAACAGUCCAAAGACAACUGCGAGUGAGCUCACUACAAGGCUGGUGGGAAAGGCAUAGCUGGCUGUUAACCAGCACCCGCACUGCCUUCCAGACCAGAUAAUCAAUUCCGAGUAGAAGUGUCCCCCGUGAAAGUAACUUUUUUCUAGCACAGCCUAAGAAGAGAAAGCUGGGCAUGGUGGCCCACACCUUUAAUCCCAACACUCAGGAGGCAGAGGCAGGGGCAUGUCUUAGCGCUAGGCCAGCUGGGCUACACAGCCAGACCCUAUCUCAAAGGGUAAAUGUCAAACAGGAAAAUCUGCUGCAACUCCGAGGUGCAGGUUUCUGAGUGCCGUGCAUUUUCCACAGGAAGUGAGGACACACAGUGUUCAGCAGGCAAUGAAGGCUUGAGACUCUAAAGGGAUAUAUGGGCAUCCUGGUGCCCUUUCUUGGUGCCAAACCUAGUCUAUCAAUCGUAUGCAUAGCUUUUUAACCACUUCUAAAUUGGGAAAUAGCCUGAAUAUCUUGAUCAUUUUAUUUAAACAAGCAUUAACUUAUAUUAAUAGUUCAGGAGGGGAUCUGAGUAUGUUACAUUUGAAGUAUAUAAGACUAAGCCAGGUGUGGUGGCUGAUCACCUGUUAUCCCAGCUCUUGGGAGGCCGAGGCAAGAUUGACCCAGUUCAAGGCUGGCCUGGACUACAAGUGAGGCCCAUCUUAGAAAAACAAAAACAAUAAAAUAUGUAGGAGAGAACUUGGUUUGCCAUCAGCUGGGUAUUCUGAGUUCUGACUGACCCUUUCCUAAGAUUGCGUGAAAGGAAACGAGCUGUUUGCUGAAUUGGCUCUUGGGCCUAACAGGAGACUUGUCACUGGAAGAACUUACGUGUGCACAUGUCUUACGGGAGACUGGCCCAGGGCUUUGCACAAGGCCAUUGAACCAGAGUCUUUACUUUGUUACUUCGUUACUUUUUGUUCAGACACAGCACCUCACUAAAUUGUGUAGGCUGGGCUUGAAACUCACUGUAAUCUUAACUGGCUUUGGAUCUACCUGCCUUAGCCACCCGAGUAGCUACUAUAGGCUUGGGCCACUGUGUCCAUCUUAAGGUAACAUUACUUAAAUUAGAAAUCUGUAUCAAGGGGCUGGAGAAAUGGUUGGGCAGUUAAGAGCAGUGAGGGCUCUUCCAGAGGACCUGAGUUCAAUUCCCAGCAACCACAUGGUGGCUCACAACCAUCUGUAAUGGGAUCUGAUGCCCUCUUCUGGUGUGUCUGAAGACAGCUAGUGUACUCAUAUACAUAAAAUAAAUAAAUUUUUAAAAAAUCAAAUCUGUAUCAAAACCCAGUGUAAAAUCACUUAAACAGGGUGAGGGGGUAUGACUCAGUGACAGUACUCAGCAUAUACAAAGGCUUGGGUUCAAUCUCCAUUAACUACUCCCGGUCACAAGACAAAACAUGACCAGGAAAUUAUUCUAUGGCCCGGAUCCUCAAGACUUCUGUUGCCCUCUGCCAGGUAGAGAAAGCACAGGAGUACUUGGGUUGGUAACUAUUUUGAAGGCGGUAGGUAUACCUAAUUAAAGGAGACCUGAAAAUGGAGAUGCCAGUGACCAAGAAUCACUUUCUUUCCAAGGAAAUGUUCACAAAGUGCCUAGUUUACAUGUUUGCCACUUUUGAACUGAGAUGGUAAAAUCCCAGCACUCGGGAGGCAGAGGCAUGUGGAUCUCUGUGAGUUCAAGGGCAGUCUUUCCUACAGAGUUCCAGGAUAGCCAGGGCAAUGCAGAAAAAUCCUAUCUUGUAAAGAAUCCAGGUUUCGGGGCUGGGGAUUUAGCUCAGCGGUAGAGCGCUUACCUAGGAAGCGCAAGGCCCUGGGUUCGGUCCCCAGCUCCGAAAAAAAGAACCACAAAAAAAAAAAAAAAAAAAAAAAAAAAAAAAAAAAAAAGAAUCCAGGUUUCUCAAACUUGAACUCUGCCUGCAUUAAAACGGUGCACACCAGCUCUGCUCUCCAGGGUAUGAGCUGCUGCUGUCACGAGACGUAUCUGUUUCUAGGAAAAGUAUACACAGCAUGCCUGUUCUCCCACUGCAACAGGAGUUUGAUCUCAUUCUGAGGGGCACCUAGAGAUGUUUGUGAGCUCAGUUCUGCCUUCCUGGUGACCUCAGGUAAGGGAGCGUGAUGCUGGAUCAGGUGAAGAACAUCGUGUUCUUGAUGCCUAUGACAGAUUCUACACCGAGUUUGUUCUAGACUUACACCACUAAUACGCAGACACUGGACUGUGUCUCACAGACCAUUUAAUCAUAGUUUAGCUCACAAGCCAACCCAUAGCUCUUUGCAAGAGGCUUCAUGCUGGUUUUUGUUUUACAAGCCCUCUAAGCGAUUCUUGUAUUAAAAGCACAGGAGCAAUAGCUAUUAAAGAUGCUCAGAUCGAGUGGGGGCAGCGUUGACCCACGCCUUUCAUCCCAGCACUCCAGAGGCAAAGGCAGACAGAUCUCUUGAGUUCAAGACCACCCUGGUCUACAGAGUGAGUUCCAAGAUAGCCAGGGCUACACAGAGAAACCUUGUCUCAGAAAAAUAAAUGAAUAAAUUCUCAGAUUAUCUAAGAUUUAACAUUUGCUUGGGAGGGGCCAUGACUACCUCUGAGCUCGUUUUAUUUUACAUUAUCUGAUUAUCAAUAAAGAAUAUUCAUAGAGUGAAU